AAAGGUUUACGUUGCUCCAAAAAGAGCAAGUUUUUCGUUACUUGAGUAAGAAAUCUCUUUGAGGCACUAGGCUACUGCGAACUUAAAUCAUAUUAGAAUUAAAUUUGUUGCGAUGUUGACAAUGAAUUGUCGAAUUCUAAACGCUGGAUUUUGAAGCUUGGAAUUCCAGAUGAUCUAAACUCGCCUUCUUUCAGAUCCUCCAAUCAGAGAAUUGCUAUUUGCUAGUGCAGCUCAGCCCCAAUGCAGAAACUGGCGCGGCCGAGCCUUCUCCGGUCACUGCGCCUUCUCAAAUCCCACAACCACCUCAGAAUCCACCGACCCAGUAGCUUGGGUGAUGUUGUAUGCAAGAUGUUCGACGAAAAGCCUGCUGCUUUUGGGGACUUGGUGGGUACUGCGUGGUUUCCGCCGGAGGGCCGUCGAUGGGUUUAUUCAGCUCCGUAUGUUAACACAGAGCACAAAGCUGUGGAGCCGUUGGAAAAUUCGAAAGACGGCGGCGCGGGUGCCGAUGGAGCUGGUGAUGGUAAAGUGAAAAGGAAAAAGCUCAAGGGGAAAAGGGCAGUGGUUAGGUGGCUCAAGUUCUUCAGGUAUAAGAAGAAAAAAGAUUAUGAGAGAAUGACUGCUGAGGAGAAAAUUCUCCACAAGUUAAGAAAGGUAAACUAAUCUGUACGUUAAGAAUU